AUGGUCUCUAAAAAGAGCAAAAGGAGUAACGGCAACCUCAAGAAGGCAGCAGCAGAGAUCAGUACGGUUUCCGGAGAUCAAGAUGGGUCCAAAAACGACCUAAAACAAACCAAAACUGAUUCCAAGACCGCAAACGAAUCGAAAAGGUACAAUUUCUUGGUACGUACGGUGUGGACUUUUAUUAUGAUCAGUGGUUUUUUCAUAACGUUGGCUUCAGGCCAUUUUUGGUGUGUACUUCUGAUCCUGGCUUGCCAAAUCGCGGCUUUCAAAGAGUGCAUCCGGGUCACAUCGAUUUCAGGCCGUGAGAAAAACCUGCCGUUCACACGUACGCUAAACUGGUACUUUCUGUUCACAACUAUCUACUAUCUGGAUGGCAGGUCAUUGUUCAAGUUCUUCCAGUACUAUUUCAUACACUACCGGGCGCUCAACUUGGUGGCCAUGAACCAUCUGUUCAUUUGCUACUGUUUGUACGUUCUGGGAUUUGUGUUUUUCGUAUUCAGUUUGCGUAAGGGCCAUCUGAAGCUGCAGUUUGGAUCAUUGUGUGUAACACACAUGGUAUUGCUGUUGGUCGUUUUCCAGGCCCAUCUGGUGAUUAACAAUGUGCUAAACGGUCUUAUCUGGUUCUUGUUGCCUUGCGGAUUGGUUAUCGUUAACGACAUUUUUGCGUACUUGUGUGGAAUCACGUUUGGACGUACCAAAUUGAUUGAAAUCUCACCCAAGAAAACGCUGGAAGGGUUCUUGGGUGCGUGGUUUUUCACCGCCAUAGCCAGUGUCAUUCUCACACGGUUGCUCACACCAUUCACAUAUAUGACCUGUCCUGUCAAAGACAUCAAUACCAAUUUCUUCACCCCGCUAACGUGCGACUUGAAUCCCGUUUUCCUUCCCCAGAACUACAGGCUGCCGCCCAUUCUGUUUGAAAAAUUUGGUAUCAGUAGCGUCACCAUCAAGCCUAUCUAUUUGCACGCAUUAAACCUCGCUACUUUUGCAUCCUUGUUCGCACCCUUCGGUGGCUUCUUUGCGUCGGGUCUCAAGAGAACUUUCAAAGUUAAAGAUUUCGGCCAGUCCAUUCCUGGCCAUGGUGGUAUUACCGAUAGAGUCGAUUGUCAGUUCCUCAUGGGCUCAUUCAUGAAUUUAUACUAUGAGACCUUCAUUAGUGAGAAAAGAAUUACCGUUGACACCGUGAUUUCCACUAUCCUACUCAAUUUCAAUGAAAAACAGAUUGUUCAGCUCAUCAAGAUCUUGAAUGAAGUUCUAUACAGCAAUGGAUUUCUCAGUGAUAAAGCUUACGGUCAAUUAUCGGAAUUGUAUAAUAUUUAA